GACCAGCCGUGCAAACAACAGCUUGUAACCGGUUUCUGCGUGGAGAUCGCUUGCUUGAUCGCGAGCGGACGUCUACCCAGGCCGGCCCAGGCCAGAGAAGUCGGCAUCAUCGGGAAUUGAUCUCCGCUAGAGAUCUGAUAUUCUGCAGAAGCAGCCGACCAGCUACAAGUACAACGACGGACAAACAAUAAUUGGUGACAUCAACUUAUCGUUUUGCUUUUGAUGUUUCUUGAUCGAUUGUUGAAGACUUGAUGAAAGAAAAGCUAUAGCUGUGGUGACAAACAUGGAGUCAAAAUUCUUCUGAUCAAGUUGAAGGUAAACCUAUAAAGAUGACGGACAUGAGUGAUAUCGAUCCGAUCGUAACAGACGUGAUUCUGGAGGAGGAGGAGGUGUCCAACAUGCCCACAGAGUCAGAAAUCGAUGGCGCUUCCAUAUCAGCCAGUCAGGUCGGUCCCACCGACAUCAUGCCACGGAGCACGCCCUCGCCCAGCCCGCUUCAGCAACGCCCUGGCUCGGCACUAACCGUCGAAAACUUGCGACUCCACGAACAGAAUGUAGGGUUGGAGGAGAAGUCAUUGUCAAGACAAGGCAGUGCGAACUCAGGGCAGCGUGAUCGGCCAUUAUCGAGGGGGUCAUUAGGCCCUGUAAGGACUCCCGGUAGCGGGACACCAGUAAGGAUAUGCUCUGGUAAAUCGGGUUUAGGAAAUAUUACAGAUGGAACUACGCCAGGACCGGAUGAAUUAAGAACGGGGAGCGGAAAAAGAGAACCUCUCCCUCCUAUAGGUUCUGAUCCUGCCUCACUGCAGCAAAAUGGAAUUGAUGUAUCAAGAUUAUCAGUAUCGAAAGAGAAUCAGGAAGAUCAAGAAACAGUAACUAGUAUAGCAAGAAUGUCAGCACGCUCGGACAGAUCUGUCUCAUUCAGAGAAGGAGCGGAUAGGUCACAUUCACCCUCAUCAGCCGGUAAGCGGAAGAAGGACAUAAAGUCCCCGGCAUUCAGAGAGGUUCAUAAGGUCAUAGAUGCAGAUGGAAGUGAAAGGGUGACGAUAUCGUGUGCUACCGAGACAGAGUGGAGCUGGCUUCAAAUGAUCAAAUUUCUCGGGAAAACAGAAGAAGAACUUGCUACCAUCGGAGGUUCGUUGCGCCCCAAGACACCCACCGAACGACCAAUCAGGUCUGCACUCUCUGCGAGCAGUCGGGCAUCUCAUGGUACCAAGCUCCAGUCACGAGAGGGCAGCAAAUACGUAGAGGAAGGUGAUGGUAUUAAAGAUACCGAGGGAGAGGAGAAGGAUGAAGUGCCCCCUCUACAGUUGGAUUCAGAUUCAGAAUUUUCUGAUGAAGAAGAAGCCGGUAAAUCCGACCAGGGGGUUCCCAAGAUAGGCCCUCCCCAGAUCAUCAAGUACCAACGCGAAUCGGAGCAGGUGCCGAUCUCCAAGAAGUACCGGGACGCCGCCAAUGUCGUGGGGCAGGACCUGGACAUCGACUUCAACGAUUUCGACUCGGCAGACCUGAGCGAGCAGGAGGACGAGGAGCUGGAAGCCAGGAUACGAGGUCGUAAGAAAGAUGAAGAAGAUGAAUACGAUUACUACUAUGAUGACCAAAAAGCUAGUAGAAGUAAACAUCUCGGGGAUGAUCUGGACGAUAGAACAACGCCCCCAUUGUCGACGGUGAAUGAGGUCGCCGAGGUGUGCGAGUUCUGCGGCAAAGAUGCCAAGACGUUCCCAACUCAUGAGAUGCUUAAAUCAAUGUCACAAACCGAGCUCUUCUGCUGUAAAGACUACCAGGAGCUCGUUGAGUACACCAUGGAGAACACCGCCCUCUCUCAGUACCCGUCGGAGGAGCUGAUCGACAUCGCUCCGCACGCCCCCUACGGUAGCAAGCAGGCCAGGAGGGCCGCCAAGGAGCGAGCAGCCCAGAGGAUGAGGGAUAGGGAGAUGGCGCGUCAGAGAGCUGCCGGAACCAACCAAGCUAACUUUUAUGCCUUGCAAGCUCAUCGGAUAGAAAUCAUGGAUGGAGUUGCACGUCAGAUGAAGACCAUCAACUACUCCCUGUCCUCUCAGAAGUGUCUGGAUGAGGGGUGGACGAUGCGCCCCCCUACACCGGAGGAGAAAGAUGACAGGAAACCGGUCUAUGUCCCUGAGCCGGCCACGCCCCAGCUACCAGCAGUACUCAAAGCAAAAAAGAAGGGCCGUAAGGAGACACCGAUCGUCAGAAAACAUUACCGAAGUGGAGAGCUUUUCAUGGUGAUGUUUGAAGAUGGCACUGGAGCAGUCUUCUAUCCCUCCGGUGCUCUUGCUAUCCUCAUCUCACUAGUGGAGAAGAAUCAGUUUAGUUACUACGUACAGGCCGAUGGCAAACCUGACGAGGCCAAGUUCCUUGCUGUCUUUGAACCGAACGGAAGUGGGACGUGCUACCAUGGCAACGGAAACAUCAGAUUAAACAUCAAUCAGUUUGGCGGCGUCUUUACCGACCAGCAAGGUUCCAUCAAGAAACGUUGGUCAUGGAAGGACGAGGACACCCUCUCCAAGACUCCCCCAUUCCAACCCCUCUGCUUCUCACUGAACCCACAGAUCAGUAUACGAUGUAUGACGCAGGACCAGAUCUUCAUCAGCUUCAACUGCGAUCUUCAGACGUGCCGAUUCAAUGCCGGAGCCAAACUCAAGCUUGUUGGUCCUGAUCAAGUCCCGCCAAAACCUAUAGACAGAGACAUGCUCUACAUCUCAGAGGUCAAGACAUAUGUCCAGUUGGUCCUGGACCAUAUCUUCAACCACAAGACCUUCUCACGAUCACCCAAGCUGGAGAACCUUCGACCCCCUCUCAAGAUCCAGAACUCUGUCCGUCGCAACGAAAGACUCAAACAGAAGGUCGUCGAGAGAAAAGUGAACAACAACAAAACUGGUGGCGUUGUCACCGUCAAGUAACGCAGUUUAGUCAUUGAAUCCUUGGUCUGCAAACAACCCUAGGACCUCAGUUACAGCUUUGUGACAUCCAACUUUUAAGUCGUCAGUCUCUUAGUUUUAAGGUGUUGAGGUUGAUUUUUAUAAUUCACUUCAGAAGAUCAAUAUCUAUGACAGAAGACAUUCUCAGUGCCCAUAUAACUAAUUCAAACACUGAUAAAAAAAUCUAUUUGAGAAUUUGAAAGUCAUAUAAAUAUCUUCCAAACCAAUUGGAGCCUAUAUACACUGUGUAUAUAGAUAUUAGCUGCAUCUGAUGCAAGGGUUACACAAUGUAGUGAAACAUAAUUCAUUAUGGGAAUUUGUACAUAAAAGCAUGCCAUUGAUAAUAUUUGACAUGUUAUAGUGUUGGUGAUGUUUGUCUUUUACAUCUAGAUUUUGUCAAAAUCAAUGUGAUAGUCUAGAUAGUGAAGAAAGACUCGCAAGAUAUUCAAUAAAUGUAGACAACCAUUUAAGGAUAUUGGACACGAUGGGGGGAUUUCAAGUUCAGUGUUGAUCCUUGGUGUUGUUGUUGAGUGUGUGAAUCAAGCUGCUUAACAUAGCACCAAGAAUGUGU